AUGGAGGACAGCAUUCUGUCGAUCAGUAAGGAUAUGUUCGUCUCCAUCAAGAAGGAGAACAUCAACAACUACUACGAGGUCAUCGCCAAAGUACGCACCGCUUCACUCAGGAGCUGGGAAAGGGAGCCUUCGGUACCAGUAAGCGUUUCUCUAUACAGUCUGUGCUCUGGAGGUGAACUCUUCGACCGGUUGGACCAGCACGGAAGUCUAAGCGAGAAAGACGCCAGAGUGAUUUUCUUGCAAAUGGUGGAGGCCAUUAACUACCUCCACCUUUUGAAGAUAGCCCACCGCGAUCUCAAACCCGAGAACUUCCUCUUCCUCAGCCAGGACUCCAAUAACAUUAAACUCAUCGACUUCGGCCUAGCGGUUAGGUGGGAAAAUUCACUGAGGACAGAACUCAAACAAAAGAAUGACCGCAAAAUUGUUGGAACGAUGUCCGAGAAGGAGGUGGAGAAGCUGGGCGAGCUGUUCCGGAAGCUGGACCUCAACCAUGACGGCUUCAUCGAGAUGUAUGAGCUGAAGGAGGACCUCUUCAAGACUAGCAACAUCCAGAAGCUCUUCAAGCUGUUGGACAAGGACGGCAACGGAGAGAUCGAUCGCGAGGAGCUGAGAUCGUUGUUCAGCGACUCCAACGUUGAGCAGAUCAACGGCAAGAGCAUCGAGGAUAUCAUCAAGCAGUGCGACAAGGACAAGUCAGGCACCAUCAGUUUCGAGGAGUUCAAGCAGGCCAUCCAGCAAUGA